CCGGUGGGACACGGUCGGUCAUUUAUGUGUGCUACACCGGUGUUUGAGUUGCGGGAUGGAGUUUCGUUGACAGACAGCAGCGCUACGUGAAUUUUCUAUCUAGUGUGUCUGUCUACUAACACGUUGAUAUCUAUCGGAAGCGCUCACCGGUCCAACAUGGCAGAUAACAUUAUCAUCAGGGUACAAUCCCCAGAUGGGAUGAAGAAAAUUCCUUCCACCAAGAGAGAGACAGCUGCUGCUUUUUUAAAGAAGGUGGGCAAAGAGUUUGGGUUCAAUUCCAAUGGGUUUUCCGUUUACCUGAACCGCAACAAGACCGGAGAAAUCGUUUCACAGAACAAAACCCUGAGCCUGCUUAAGAUCAAGCAUGGCGACAUGCUGUAUCUGUUCCCCUCAGGAUCCUCUUCUUCUUCUUCUGGGGAGGUGAUGGACACGGCCACCCCACACUCAUCGUCAUCACUACCAUCCAUCUCAUCUUCUUCAUCCUCUUCUUCGUCCUCCAUGAUCCCCCGGUCCUUCUCAGCCCCCCAGGUCCAGGAGGAUGAGAUUGAUCAGUAUCUGGCCAAGCAAGACGGCAAGAUCUACAGGAACAAAGAUCCACAGCUAUGUCGCCAUGGUGCCCUUGGAAAAUGUGUGCACUGUGUACCAUUAGAGCCUUUUGACGAAGACUACCUGAAUCACCUCGACCCACCAGUGAAGCACAUGUCAUUUCACGCAUACCUUCGCAAGCUGACCGGUGGAGCCGAUAAAGGGAAGUUUGCAGCUUUGGAGAACAUCAGCUGUAAGAUCAAGUCGGGUUGUGAGGGCCACCCUCCCUGGCCGGAGGGGAUCUGCACCAAGUGCCAGCCCAGUGCCAUCACCCUGAACAGACAGAAAUACAGACACGUGGACAACAUCAUGUUUGAGAACCACACCAUUGCUGACCGCUUCCUGGACUUCUGGAGGAAGACGGGCAGUCAGAGGAUGGGGUACUUGUAUGGCAAAUACACUGAGCACACAGACAUCCCUCUGGGCAUCAGAGCUGAGGUGGCUGCCAUCUACGAGCCACCACAGAAUGCCUCUCAGAACAGUCUGGAAUUGGUGGAAGAUCCUAAAGCUGCAGCUGUAGAUGAAAUCGCUGCCAAACUGGGCCUCUGCAAGGUGGGCUGGAUCUUCACUGACCUGCUCUCUGAGGAUACGAGGAUAGGCACUGUCCGCUACACGAGAAACAAUGACUCGCACUACCUGAGCGCAGAGGAGUGCAUCACAGCGGGAUACUUCCAGAAUCAUCAUCCAAACCCCUGCAGACUCUCUCGAGACGGACAGUUUGGUUCCAAAUUUGUGACGGUGGUGGCAACAGGCGGUCCAGAUAACCAGGUGCACUUUGAAGGAUAUCAGGUGUCCAAUCAGUGCAUGGCUUUGGUGAGAGACGAGUGCCUACUGCCUUGCAAAGACGCUCCCGAGCUCGGCUUCGCUAAAGAAUCCACCCCUGAGCAGUACGUACCGGACGUCUUCUACAAGGACAAAGACAAAUUUGGAAAUGAUGUCACAUUUCUAGCCCGGCCCCUCCCGGUGGAGUACCUUAUCAUAGAUAUAACUACAACUUUUCCAAAGGACCCCCAGUACACCUUCUGCUCCACACAACGCUUCCCUAUCGAGAACCGUGAUAUCCUGGGGGAGACACAAAAUUUCCACAGUUUAGCGACAUACCUGUCCCAGUGCACCUCCACAGCAUUCCUGGACAUCGUGUCAGACUUCCAUCUGCUCCUCUUCCUCGUUACCAAUGACGUCAUGCCCCUGAGAGACAGCAUCGGGCUGCUGCUAGACGCAGUGAGGACCUCUGAUGAGGAUCUGGCACAGACCUGGAAGAAGUCAGAGCAGUGGGCCACCAUCGAGCAGCUGUGCAGUACAGUGGGCGGGCAGCCCUCCAGCUCUGUGGGUUACGGGGCCAUGGGCGGCCCCUCAGUCCCCGCCUCAUCCUCAGCCAUGUGGUCCUGCCUCCACUGCACCUUCAUGAACCAGCCUGGCACAGAGCACUGUGAAAUGUGCAGCCUGCCCCGCAGUUAAAAAACCCCUCCCUCCACACUGCCCUGCCCUGAUCUUAUUACCCGCCCAGCCCUCCUCUUAACUCGCCAAUGACAUCACUGCUCCAGGACCAGCUGCGAGAUUUGGACCCCCUUUGUGUUUUCUUUCCGCCUCACUCUGAAGCCUCUGUCCUUCCCAUCUCACGGGCUGCUGUGACGCUUGAAAGGGACGCACUCGUUUACAUCGAAUUCAAUGCGUUCAAUAAAAUAAAACCAGA